AUGAGGGCGAACUUGGCCCGCCAUGGGCGGCGCCUCCUGGCUUAUCGCACAAGAGUGCCAUCAUGCUCUCUCCUAAGCCAUUCGCCUUCUGCGAGACGGCUACCACAGUCUGCGCCGACAGUGUGCCCGCGAUUCGAGCGCUCGUUUUUCAACGUCCUCUUCAAGAAGCCACCCCGCGACAUUCGACAGCCCGAGUACGAGCCCGGAUGGAUGCAAAUCAUGGUCUGGCGCAGCCGCAUGCUCGACAACCUGCGGCCGCAGCCCCGACGCGAGCUCAUGGAGGCUUGGCGCCGCCUCAUGCAGGCCAAGCUCAAGUCGCGCGUGCCGCUCAACAGCACACAGGCGCUGCAGUGCCGACGCCUGCUCGACUACCUCUCCGACCAGCGCAUAAGCCUCCAGGAGGAUCACAACGUCAAGCCCCUGUCUUCGGCCGACCUCGCCAUGGCGCGCCAGGUGCUCCUCGAGCUCGAGCCGAGCGAGACGACGCAACACCAUGUCGACUUUGCGCGCGCGCUGUACAAGGCGUGGAUGGACGGCGACUUUGCACACAAGCCCCGUGCGGUGGAACUGCAAUGGACAUAUCUCGUCAAGGCGCUGUCAUUGUACGGCUGCGGAGUGGAGGCCAAGGGGUUACUCUACGAGAAGUGGGACAUGCCAGAGUACGCCGUCUACCUUACCCAGGACGACCAAUUACUGGAGACUGUUGCGCAGGCCCUUGCCAGAGAAGGCAAGGAAGCUGAGCUGUUGGAGCUGGUUUACCACGCGCAAGCCCGUGGAAUUGCUCUCGAUGCUAGCCUGCAAUCGGUCAUUGUACAAUACUUUGCCGGCCGCGACCGAAUCGAGGAAACAAAGGCCUGGUUCACGAAGCGCAUCGAACAACCGCAGUGCCAUCGAGAUACGUACCGCGCUGUUGCUUCUUUCGCGAGGCGUAACAAGCUACAAGAAUGGGCGAUGCCCUUCUUCAUAGAACUGGGCGAGGCUACACCCAGGAAACAAUAUUGGGAUGUCCUACUGCAGUCGAUUUUGCUGAUGGGCCGGAGCCCUUCGCAGGUGGGCACCAUGAUGGACCACAUGGUCGACCGCGGCGGUGAUAUCAAACCUACUAUUAACACAAUCAACGGCCUCCUUUCGGUAGCCGUCGAGCUUAAAGAUUAUCAGCUGGGGCAGGACGUGCUGCAGCUUGGCAACGAAAAGGGCAUCAAGAUGAACGGCGAAAGCUAUAUGCACAUGAUGCGCCUGUGCAUCGAAGCCAAGGACUUUGACCGUGCGCAAAGUGCCUACGAGCAAGUCAAAUACCUUGAACCCUGGGGCAGCGACUCCAAAUCAGACCUACAGUCCCAAUUUGGGCGGCUUGUGAACCACUACCUCGUCAUACUUACCAAGCAAACGCCCCCCAACUUCCCCCUCCUUCUCUCUAUCAUUGAUUCGGUCGAGGAGCUUGGUCUCCGCCUCGAACCCGCCACCGUUGCAGCGCUGUGCCUGCGCUUCCUAGAGAAUGACCAGCACUUUGAUGUCAUGGACAUCCUCUCCAUAAACACCUUCCUCUUCAGCGAAGCCCAACGCGAAGUGGUGCAGUCCGCCUUUAUUCAGUUCUGCCUGGAUCCCAAGACGAGCACGUCCCGUGCAUGGGGCGGCUACCAGCUGCUGCAGCAGUUUUUUGAGGACACGAGCUUCGGGCGACGCACGCAGCUGAUGGAGGCGUUCUUCGCGCGACGGCGGCCCGACAUGGCGACGCAUGUCUUUGGCCACAUGCGCCAGCACCGCAGCAAGUCGCUGCACCCGCGGAUGGAGACGUACAUUGCAUGCCUGGAGGGCCUCGCGCGCUGCCCGGACCUGGCCGGGCUGGAGAUGGUGCACAACAUGCUCAAGAUGGACACGACGGUGCAGACGAACACGGCGCUGCAGACGGGGCUGAUGCUGGCGUUCACGGCGUGCGACAAGCCGCUCACGGCGCUGGACUGUUGGUCGCAGAUCACGCAGUCGCAGGAGGGGCCGUCGUACGCGACGCUCGAGGCGGUGUUUUGGACGCUGGAGCGCAAGCCGGGCGGGUACAAGAUGGCGCGCGAGAUCUGGGACCGCAUGGAGCGGAUGGACCUCGAGGUCUCGGCGCGCGUGUACAAUGCGUACAUUGGCGCGGUGGCGGGCGCGGGCUCCGAGAAGGAGAUACGCGCCCUGAUUAUGAAGAUGCCUACCGUGGUUGGUGUUGAGCCUGAGCCUAUGACAUUUGCCAUUGCGUACAAUGCACUACCUGGAUGGGAACUUCAAAACGAAUUUCAGACGUGGGCAAAGCUGCGAUACAAGGAGCAGUGGGAGACGUUGCUCAAGGCUGGGCGAAGGAUGAAUGAGUACUCGUUGUGUCAAUUCAAGAUUGACCGAAACAUGCGAGCAGAGGUCUAG